AUGCGUCUGCGGAUUUAUAAACGGAAAGUGUUGCUGUUAGCUUUGGCGUUGGGGAUUUGCGCGUUGGCGUUGUGGGGAAGCGGUGGAGGAAACGGCGGGAGGAGGAGGCAGCAACAGCGGGGCGGUACCGGUAUCACCGGGGAGCCGGCGAGGGCUAGCGAACCGCCACCGCCUCGUCGCUCCGCUGUUAACGUUUCGGUUGUGACACCUGCUCCGUUGUUACUGACGGAGAACGGGACGCUGAGUUACCGUUCGCUCGUUUACCGGUUGAACUUUGACCAACCGCUGAGGAACGCCGGGCGCUUCCCGGUACGCUCCGGUAGCGCUGCAGACGUGGUAUUAGUGGUGCAAGUGCACGAUCGAGCCGAACAUUUGAGGCUGUUGUUGGAAUCGUUGCGGCGAGCGGCGGGAGUGGAGAACGUGUUGUUGGUUUUGAGCCACGACCUGUGGUCGGAGGAGCUUAACCGGCUGGCGGCACGCGUGGACUUCUGCCCGGUCCUGCAGGUUUUUUUCCCCUUCAGCAUCCAGCUCUAUCCCCGUGAGUUCCCCGGUCACGACCCCAGGGAUUGUCCCCGCGACGUGGGCAAGGCGGCGGCCCUGCGCCUGGGCUGCAUCAACGCCGAAUACCCCGAUUCCUUCGGGCACUACCGCGAAGCUCGCUUUUCCCAGACCAAGCACCACUGGUGGUGGAAGCUGCAUUUCGUCUGGGAGAGGGUGCGGGCGCUGCGGGACCACGCCGGGCCUGUCCUCUUCCUGGAAGAGGACCACUACCUGGCGCCCGACUUCUACCACGUCCUCAAAAAGCUGUGGGCCCUGCGUGAGCAGGAGUGCCCCGAGUGCCAGAUCGUCUCCCUGGGCACCUACAGCCCCGUCCGCGGUGGCUUUGCCGGUCGCACCGAUAAGGUGGAGAUGAAGACGUGGAAGUCCACUGAGCACAACAUGGGCAUGGCCUUCGGCAGAGACACCUACCAGAAGCUCAUCGAGUGCACAGAUGCCUUCUGCACCUACGAUGACUACAACUGGGACUGGACUCUGCAGCACUUGACUGUAUCUUGUCUUCCAAAGUUCUGGAAAGUGCUGGUUCCUGAAAUUCCCAGGAUUUUUCACACUGGGGACUGUGGCAUGCACCACAAGAAAUCCUGCAGACCCUCCACCCAGAGUGCCAAAAUUGACUCUCUCUUGAACAGCAACCAACAGUACCUGUUUCCUGAGACCAUGAGCAUCAGUAAAAGGUACUCCAUGGCCCCCCUUUCUCCUCAUGUGAAAAAUGGAGGCUGGGGAGACAUUAGGGACCACGAACUCUGUAAAAGCUACCGCAGACUUCAGUGAGGAACCCUCACAGC